AUGAGUAGCAUCGCGCCGGCGGCGGCUGCCUCGGUGGGCGUGUCCCCCGCCGCCGUCGGCGCUGCUGCUGCUUCUGCGGCUGCUGCAACAGCACCCCAUGCGCCGCCCUACACCACCCCGGAGGCCCUCGAUGCGCAUGUCACGCGCGCAUGGGCCCACUUUCGCGCCCUGGGCAGCCCCAUGUGGCAUGUUGCCCCGAUGGUCGACCAAAGCGAGCUCCCGUUCCGCAUGCUGUGCCGCCGCCACGGCGCGGCGGCGGCCUACACGCCGAUGCUACACGCGCGGCUGUUCCUCGAGAACAAGGGCUACCGCGCCGAACACUUCACCACGUGCCCAGAGGACCGGCCGCUGUUCACGCAGUUUUGCGCCAACGACCCCGACGUGCUUGUGGGCGCGGCGUCGCUGGUGCAGGAUCAGUGCGACUACAUCGACUUGAACCUCGGCUGCCCCCAGCGGAUCGCCAAAAAGGGGUACUACGGCGCAUUCCUGAUGGAUGACCUCCCCCUGGUGGAACGCAUGGUCACGCGCGCCGCGUCCUCGCUGCGCACGCCGGUCAGCUGCAAGAUCCGGCUGUUCCCCGAGCUUGAGCGGACCCUCGAGUACGCACGCAUGCUGCAGGCGGCGGGCUGCAGCCUGCUGGCGGUGCACGGGCGGACGCGUGCCAUGAAGGACACCUCUGGCAACCGCGCCGACUGGGACGCCAUCCGCGCCGUCCGCGCGGCGGUGCGAAUACCAGUGCUGGCAAACGGCGACGUGCGGUGCCUCGACGACGCGCGGCGCCUGAUGGCGCACACCGGCGCUGACGGGGUGAUGUCAGCGGACCCGCUGCUGUACUACCCGGCGAUAUUUGACCCAGAGCUGCAGGGCCCGAUCAUGAGGGCAGCUGCCGAGAAGCUGCAGGAGCAGCAGCAGCAGCAGCAGCAGCAGCAGCAGCAGGCGGGCCAGCCUGCAGCGGCGGGGCUUUCUGACUCCCAGCAGCAGCAGGAGCAGCAGCAGCAGCAGCAGCAGCAGCAGCAGCAGCAGGAGCAGCAGCAGCAGAAGGAGCAGCAGCAGCAGGAGCAGGGUCAAGAGCUUGAACCGGCGGCGCUCGCGGGGGCGGGGCCGGCGGCCGUGUCGGAGGCCGCGACGCACCCGUCCGCGCUGUCCCCCGCCGCCGACCCCGCGCACGCCGCGCACGUCGAGCGCUUGCGCCUCUGCCGCGAGUACGCGGAGGCGUACGCCACGCACCCGGCGCACCCCCGAAUGGUGAAGGGCCACGCGCACAAGCUGCUGCAGGGCUGGCUGGCCGAAUUCACUGACGUGCGCGACCGCCUGAAUUCCGGGGCGGCGUCGACACCGGACGCGCUGCUGGGGCUCGUGUGCGAGCUGGAGGCGCGCGUGGCGGCCGCGGGGAGGCCGUACCCCGUGGCGCGGCCCUGCGACAGGCGGCAGGUCCAGGCGGCGCGCGAGGCGAAGCGGCGGGCGGCGAUUGCCGAGCAGGAGCGGGAGGCGGCGGCGCUCGCGGAGCUGGACAGGACUCAAAAUUAUCAGCAGCAGCAACAGCAACAGCAGCAGCAGCAAAGGCAGCAGGAGCAGCAAGAGCAGCAGCAACUGGAUCGGGAGGGCGAGGGGCAGCAGCAGGGCGAGGCUGGUGGGGAGCGCGCCAUGACCGAGCCGGCGGCCAAGCGGCCUUGUGUGGUUGCGGCUGUUGUGUAA